AUGCAGCACGUCCAGGAACCUGCCCGCCUCGUCUUUGCCCACGACUUCAUCCCUGACCUCCCAAACGGCUACGGCACUGACAUCGGCCAGCACGGUAGUCUGCUGUCCGGUGGCCAAAAGCAGCGCGUGGCCAUUGCACGCGCAGCGGUGUCUCGGCCCAGCGUCCUCCUCCUUGACGAGGCGACCAGCUCUUUGGAUCCUCACGCCGAGGGUGUCGUCCAGCAAGCUCUGGACCUUGCUUCUGAGGGCCGCACCGCCAUUGUCAUCGCUCACAAGCUUGCCACUAUUCACAAGGCUGACAGCAUUGUCUUCAUUACCAAAGGCCGCAUUGCCGAGCAGGGAACCCACGAUGACCUCAUGACCAAGGAAAAUGGUGCCUAUACCUGCCUUGUCAAGAUCCAGAACCUCACCAUUCCCGGCGAGAACCCGCAAGAGGGUGGGAUCACUUAUGCCGACGGCGACUCUAUUGCGGAGGCAAGAAAUGACCUUACCGAGGCGGCCGAGAUCUUAAGCAGGUACCCCAUACUGGUGUGCGAGCAUCUCAAUGCCCAGAGGGACCGCGGCAAUUGCGAAAAGCACAGGCAGAUGUCGUUCCCGGUGGCCCUCUGGCAUCUGUUCAGGAGUAGCCCGGCACUUGGUUGGGUGUACUUUUGCCUCAUUCCGUCCUGCGUUGCAGCUGCUGGCGCCUCGGUCGGACAAGCUAUCCUGACUGCCAAGACAACUGACGUCUUCACACUAUCGGGAGAUGCCAUGACGGACAGGGGUGACUUCUUCGCCACAAUGUUCAUAGCGCUAGCCGGAGGCUGCGUGCUAGUCCACUUUGCCCUGAGCAUGAUGGCCAACAUUUUCUUUGACAAGCCCGAGAACAAUGUCGGCGCGCUGACGGGCAGGCUGGACAGCAACCCGCAGUCGAUCCUAGAGCUGAUGGGCUUCAAUAUCGGUCUCAUCAUGAUCUGCGUCGUCAACGUCGUAACCUACAGUAUCCUGUCCAUCGUUCACAGCUGGACGAUCGGUGUCGUCAUUGUGUUUGCUGCGCGACCAGCGGAUCCAUUUGCCUCCGAGUCCAUAUUGGCCAUACGCACCGUGUCGUCUCUGGCCAUUGAGGAUCUCAUACUCAACAAGUACAUGGAGCAGCUGGCCACUACGGUCAACAACCCAACCAAGCCCAUGGCGGCUAUGGUGGUGUGCUUUGCUUUGACGCAGGGCACGGAGUACUGGUUCCACGCUCUUGAUUUCUGGCACGGCUGCCGCCUCCUCAGCACCGGUGAUGUCACCAUGCACAGCUUUCAUCCCACGAUCUGCGAGACACCAGAAACCCAAGAUAGCUGCCCGAGGUUGGGAGACCCUAUUUCUCUGGAAGAUGUGCGCUUCUCGUACCCGCUGCGACCGGAUGCACCUGUGCUGGAGGGUGUAGACUUGGAGUUUGAAAAGGGCCAAUUCGCCGCCUUUGUAGGUGCCUCUGGUUGUGGCAAGUCCACCAUGAUUGCCAUGCUGGAGCGCUUCUACGACCCAUCGACCGCCAACAUCAACGUCGACGGCUCCAACCUGUCCGAUCUCAACCCACUCAAGUACCGACGAAUCGUGUCGCUGGUUCAGCAGGAGCCGACCUUUUCCCAGGGCACAAUCCGGGAGAACAUUGCUCUAGGGCUCGAGGGCGGCACCACGACCGCCGAGGCCAGCAAGACUGUUUCAGACGCCCAGGUCGAAGCCGCUCUUCGCGCCUCCAAUACUGAGGAUUUUGUAUCAUCGCUGCCGGAUGGUAUGGACACGGCCACGGGCUCGAACGGUACUCAACUGUCUGGUGGACAGAAGCAGCGCUUCGCCAUCGCCCGAUCGCUCAUCCGCAGCCCAAAGAUCCUCCUUCUUGACAAGGCCACUAGCGCCCUCGACACCGAGAGCGAGGAAGAAAGUUCAGGUUGUGCUAGCCGAAGAGGUUAA